CAAUCUAACCCAUAUUUUGCAUUGUUUUGUUUUUGUGUUUUCUUUUUCAUUGAACUUUGAAAUAUGAAAUUUAUUUUUGCCAUUUUCGUUGUCAUCACCACUGUUUUGUUGAUAUUCAGCAAUGUUUUGGCUCGUCCAUCAUCGUUGAUACGAACAUUUGAUGAAUUUAAAGUUGUUUUCAAUAAAACCUAUGCUACCGAUGAACAAGAAGAAAAUGCCCGGGAAAAUUUCCAGGAAUCAUUGAAAUAUGUUCAAUCAACUGACAAUCCAAGUGUUGCCAUUAAUCAUUUGUCCGAUUUGUCAUUGGAAGAAUUUGAAAACCAAUUU